AGUAAAGUUGAUAUUAAAAUGAUUAUGACUAAAAGCACAAAAUGAUUGAAAUUUUUACCUUCGGAAAAUAAAAAAUAUAAUAAUUUUCAAACAAAAUAGUAUAAAUCAAAACGACUUAAUCACAAAUGUUUUUAAGCUGAUUAGCCAAUACUAAUGUAUUUGAAAAUUGAAAUACAUACCUAAGAGACAACAAUUAAUUAUUAAACUACAAUACAUAUACUUUUGAAGAACUGCUAUGGAGACCGGGGCUAAUAUUACGCGAAAUCCUUCCUUACCUAUAAUUCUGAUAAGUGCAUUUGAUGUACCUACUGCAUCUGUAUUAUUGUCAGAACUCGUUGAUGAUAAGAUAAUAGAAAAUGAUGUAAAAGUGACAAAAAGCAGAGUUUGGUCAAUUAUUAAUAAAUACUACCGAGUAGAUGUAGAGAUGUAUUCAAUAGAUGACAAUGAGUCUCCACCUCCAACUCUAGCUGAACGAAUUGAGGCUCACAUAAUCUACAUUACAGACGAUGAGAAAAAUAUGAAAACACAGGACACCGAAAAUGCUUCUCAAAUAGCUGAAGAACGCAGAAAGCGCGCCGGCACGGCCGGCGCCGAGAGCGCGCACAUUCGCCUCCUCGUGACGGCCGGCGCGCGCGCCUCGCCUGCACUUGUUGACUGGGCGCGCCGCCGCAGCUACGAGCUCGUGCCGCUGCGCGAGAGUGCCACAGAUGCCUCGGACUCCGAUGCGGACGACGCCGAGGCGCCCUUCCCGGAGACCUAUGGCGCGGAGAGGGUGCGGGCGGUACUCCACGCACACGCGUGGCGCGGGCUCGAGCGCCUCGAUCGACCUGCGCGCCUCGCGCCCGUCCUCGCUUCGACGGACGUGACGUCGUCGGAUGAGGAGUACGAGGGAGUUUUCGCCGAAGAAGAGGAGGAAAUCGACGAGGCGGCUGUGGAGCGCGCGGAGGCGUUCGCCGAGGCGUUGGGCGCUCUGGGGGAGACCGGAGCGGAGGCGCGCGGACUAGCGCAUGCGGAACGACUCCGGCGGGCGGAGAGUCUCGUGGCCGCUUUCUGCCGAGCAUUGGGCACCGACCUACCCACGCUUUGAAUGUCCUUGACCCGCCCCGUUUGAAAUGAAACUUCAUGCUUCGGUUUGAUGCAUAUUUAUUCAAUAUAAACGAUAAAAACUCAGAUAUGUGCGGUCGAGCGCGAUAACGACGUAUAAAUAUUUAAUGUAACGACGGUAACACCUAUCCUAGUGCGCGCUCCGCCGACGGACUAUAUAAAGCGCAGGCCGUGCGUUGUGCUCUAACAUCACAGAUUUGUUAAUUAUUAUCUCUUUGGACGAAAAUAUUGUACAUAUAAUAAAUAUUCAUGCCAUAAAUAGUA